AGCUGCAGAAUUGACCCCUCCCCCCAGCCACCCCCAUUCUCGUGGCUGGCCAAAGAUCCAAGUCUUCGUCUGUCUGUUCAGAAGAACAUUGGCUGGAGGCAUGGCUGGAGCCCCCGGUUCUGCCCGUUGGGAUCCUGUGACCUUUGAAGAAGUUGCCAUCUACUUUUCCCCAGAAGAGUGGGAGGAGCUGUCCGACUGGCAAAAACAGCUCUACAGGGAUGUCAUGUGGGACAACUAUGAGACUCUUCUUUCAUUAGGCCUUGCUGCCCCCAAGCCCAACAUCAUCCUGUGGAUUGAGCAAGGGGAGGAGCCAUGCACAGGGGGUCUCCAGGAGCCGAAGGCAUGCAAGAUUCCAAGCCAGGACUUUCCCUCAGGCAACCAGUUACUGGUAAAGGAGGAGCCCUGUUUCCCAGAAAAUCUCAAGCAAGUGUCAUGGCAUCAAGGACAUCCAGAGGCAUCUGUGGGGACUUUGAACCAUGGAAGAGUCUAUGAAUUGCCUACCUGGUCAAGAGCCCCUCUUAGUCACUCUGCCAUGACUGGGCUGGCUGCCCCACCCCCCUGGCAUACUGAACUCCCCUGGCCAAAUGGCACCGCGACAGGCAAGCAGCCAGCACCCUUGAAGCUCCAUGCAGGGCAUUCUGGUGCAGCUGUGGGUGCCUUCUGGCCUGUGCAUCUUGCUGUUCCUCAGCCCAGUGCCCAGGAGGAGAUGCUGCUAAUCUGCACCCAGUGCCAGAAAUGCUUCCCUGCCCAUUCUGCUCACAGCAUCCCCGCAGUGCCACCCACAGGAGAAGUGACACAAGUUUGUCCGGAGUGCGAGAGUGGCAAUAGGAAGAGCUCUUCUGCCACUGCAGAUCAGCAAAGCCAUGUGGGGAAGCAGCCCUGCGCAUGCAUGCACUGUUCAGCACUUAAUGUCCGCCAGAGAGUUUCCAAAGAGGAGAGGCCCUACAAGUGUGGGAAGUGCGACAAGAGCUUCCGGUACGUGCACGAGUACACGUGGCACCAGAAAGCACACGCUGGAGAGAAGAACUACAAGUGCAAUGAGUGCAAAAAGGUCUUCCGGCACAAGCAGGAGCUCAUGUGGCACCAGCGGACCCACACGGCAGAGUGGCCCCACAAAUGUGGCACCUGCGAGAAGAACUUCCGUUUCAAGCAGGAGCUGACGUGGCAUCUGAAAACCCACUCGGUGGAACGGCCUUACAAAUGUGCUGAGUGCGAGAAGAGCUUCCGGUUCAAGCAGGAGUUCAUGUGGCACCAGAGAGCCCAUGUUGGGGACCGGCCUUACAAGUGCACCGAAUGCGAGAAAAGCUUCCGGUUCAAACAGGAAUUCACCUGGCACCAGAGAAGCCAUGCCGGAGAGAAAGUCUACAAGUGCCCAGGCUGCGAUAAGAGCUUUCGGUACAAGCAAGAAUUUAUCUGGCACCAGAGAAUCCACACCGGGGAGCAGCCCUAUCCUUGCGCUUCGUGUGACUCCACCUUCACUUGCAGGCAGGAGUACAUGCGCCACCAGCGGCUGCACGAUGGGGAGAAGCCCUACCAGUGUCCCCACUGUGAGAAGACCUUCCGCCGAGGCUCCACCCUCAUCAGGCAUCGGCGAAUCCACAUGGGCGAGGGGCCAUUCAAGUGUGCUCACUGUGACAAAACCUUUGGCCAGAGUGCCAACCUGAUCAAGCAUCAGAGAAUCCAUACCCUGAAAAGUGAGCCUGGAGAGAACACAGCAGGAUGGGCCGCUUGCUUGCAAAGCUCAGGCCUGCCUGUCCCGCAAGAGGUGGUGAGUGUGGUCAGCCUGAAAACAGUCUCCGUGGGGGCACUUCUCUUGCUAAAUCUGCAGGAGCCCAAGCCGGAGAAAGACCCAGCCAGGGAGUCCAAUAUUUGGGAACCUCAAAUGUGAGAUAGUUUAUAUGUUGCCCCCUCCACCACCAUCAGGAAGGGUUGUAGUAAAUUUGGGCCCAUUGGUAGAUUACUGGAGCUUUUCAGGUGGAUCACCAGAUUACAGGCAUUAUGUAUACCAUAUGGGACUGUAUACUAAAGUGUUGGGAUGGGUAAUGGGGCCACAAGCAGCCGU